AUGGCGCCCCGCAAGGCUACGAGCCGCAAGAUGGAGGACGUCAAGUUCGUGAGCGAGCGCAUCAGCGGGAGCUUGCCGCUAGCGGAGAGCCAGGGGAACAAGAAGCUCGUCGUCGGCGAAAGCCGCGCGGUGGCCCGCUCGGCCAAAGUAGCCGAGGAGAUUUUUGACCUCAGCAAGAAGCUGGGCGUGACAAUCAUCGUAGCGGACUCGCCAGGCCUCUUCGACCACGACGCCUGCCCAGUGCAGGUCUUCAUGCGGCGAAUUGAAUUCGCACGCGUUGAACUGGAAAAAGACUCGGUGAACUACCGAUUGAAGGACGGCCGGGAAAACCGAGCCAAGAACAUCAAGAAGAGCAUCAAGAAGACCAAGCGGCUGAAGGACAAGUUGUCCCCUAAGAUGAUCACGACGAGUGGCGACGCCAAAGUUUCGGGGAGGAAAUCCACCCUGGAGAAGGCGGGCGAGCUGAAGCCGAACCAAAAAGUUGCGAUCAAGAAGAUCAUGAAAGAGCACGGUGCCGGCAAAAUCGGCCUUCGAACGGCGGCGGCCCAACUCUCCAGCGCGUUGGAAUUCACGGUGGGGGGCCAGGAAACAGCGCGGCGCUUUUUUGCGGAAUUCAAAUUGUGCCAUUAG